AUGGCAAACCGUCAGCAGGCCCGCGACAUGCAAGUCGAGUUCCAGGCUCGCUUCCAAGCCAAGCAGGCUCGCCGCGAGGCCCAAAAGGCCGCCAAACAGGAUCCUAUCCUCAAGAAACAGAUCCAAGAUCUUCUCAAGAAGGGCGAGACUCAAAAGGCAUACCAGAAGGCCAAGAUGCUGCUAUCAAAGCAGGCGCUUGCCCAGCAAAUGGACCAGAUGGCCGACAUGGCUGAGCUCUCCGCUGCCCAGAUUCAGGCCAACAAUUCCAUGAACCGUAUGACCCAGAUGAUGGCUCAAUCAUCACGCACCAUGAAUGUGGCUCAGAAGAGCACCAACCCUGAAAAGACUCUUGUUACCCUCGAACAGUUCAAGCAGCAGAACGAAGAAUACGCAAUGUCCAACGGUAUCUACCAAGAUGCCAUUAGCCAGUCCACCUCUACCCAGGUCGGCGAGGAUGCUGUCCACGAACUUCUCGGCAAGCUGGCUGAUGAUGCUGGACUUGAGCUUAGCAAGGAACUCAACCAAGCGACACCCUCGAACGCCGAACCCCAGCAGACCAAUGAACCCAGCGCUGAGGAGGAAGAUAAGUUGCAGCAGAGACUGCGAGCUCUGCGUGCAUAG